CAAAACCAAAACACAAAUAUACAGAACGGAAAAAAAAAAGUGUGGGGAAACAAAAUAAACGAGAUUGUCGAACUUGGUGUUCUUUUGCAACCUGCGAGGGUGCGACUGCGAGCGAGCGAGCGAGCGAGAGAGAGAGAAUCGAAGGCGACACAACUUGCAUCCGAUUCUGAGAAGAAGAAGACGAGGGUUCUCCUCCUGUUCUCUUUCGAAUACAAUCUUUCUGCUUCAUGAUGUUGAACAAAUGAUACAGAAUUUAUUCUGUGCACAGAAAAUCUGGUACAUAUGGCAGGACUUAUGCCUGGAGAGUUGUCACAUCAUGGAACAUCUGAUGGCAACUCUGGUAAAAGUUCUAUAGAGAAGCAAGAGGAAUCAUUAGGUCGCUGGUAUAUGUCUAGAAAAGAAAUAGAGGAACAUUCCCCAUCAAGAAAAGAUGGAAUUGACUUGAAGAAAGAGACGUAUCUGCGCAAGUCAUACUGCACAUUCUUGCAGGAUUUAGGCAUGAGACUUAAAGUGCCUCAGGUAACUAUAGCAACGGCCAUAAUCUUUUGUCAUCGGUUCUUUCUUCGACAAUCUCAUGCAAAGAAUGACCGAAGGACCAUUGCAACGGUCUGUAUGUUCCUUGCUGGGAAGGUUGAAGAGACUCCUCGUCCACUAAAGGAUGUUAUUCUUGUUUCUUAUGAGAUCAUUCACAAGAAGGAUCCUGCAGCUGCACAGAGGAUAAAACAGAAGGAAGUGUAUGAGCAGCAAAAAGAAUUAAUUUUACUUGGAGAGAGGGUUGUGCUUGCCACUUUAGGUUUUGAUCUGAAUGUUCAACAUCCGUAUAAACCUCUUGUGGAAGCCAUAAAGAAGUUUAAUGUUGCGAAGAAUGCCCUUGCACAAGUUGCGUGGAACUUUGUUAAUGAUGGGCUGAGGACAUCGCUCUGCCUGCAAUUUAAGCCACAUCAUAUUGCGGCAGGUGCCAUUUUCCUUGCUGCCAAGUUCUUGAAAGUGAAGCUUCCAUCAGAUGGUGAGAAGGUUUGGUGGCAAGAAUUUGAUGUCACCCCACGUCAAUUAGAGGAAGUUAGCAAUCAAAUGUUGGAACUCUACGAGCAGAAUAGACUUCCACCAGCACAGGGAAGUGAAGUAGAAGGAAGUGCUGGAGGAACAAGAGCUGCUUCAAAGGCUCCUACUGCGAAUGAGGACCAGGCCUCAAAGCAAAUAUCAUCUCAAGCCCCCCAGCACUCGUCUGCAGAGAGAACUGUGGUACCACAAAGAGGAACUGAGAACCAAAGCAAUGAUGGGAGUGCAGAAAUGGGGAGUGACAUUACUGAUCACAACUUGGACAUUAGGGAGUCUCAGAAUUCAGAACAGUUGACUCAGCAAGAUAACAAGAGAGAAGUGUCAAAUAGAUCUAAAUCUGGCACUGAACGAGACCAAGACAGAAUGGUUGGGACUAAGGAGGGUGCAGAAGUAGGAAGGAGAGAUGAAUCAGCAUUAAACAAUCCUGGCAGCAAUGUUGUCCGAAAUCUGGAGCGUCGGGAAGGCCCACUAGGUCAUUCACCCAAUGAAGCAAUCAAGAUUGACAAGGACAAGUUAAAGGCACUGGCAGCAUUGGGAAAGAAGAGAAAGGAACAACGAGGGGAAAUGGCAUUAAAGAAAGAUGUAAUGGAUGAGGAUGAUCUCAUUGAGAGGGAGCUGGAAGAUGGAAUUGAAUUAGCAGUCGAGGACGAGAAAAAUAAGCGUGAGAGAAGGCAGAACUGGUCUAAGCCUGAUGGUGAAAAUCACCAUGGAGAGAACCAUGAGGAAACUAGAGAUGGGCGACACUUGAGCAUGAAGGGGCAGUUUCAGAAAGACAUGGAUGAAGACAAUGCAGAAGAAGGGGAGAUGAUAGAUGAUGCUUCGUCCUCGUUGAACAAUCGCAAGAGAAGGAUGGGGAGCCCUCCAGGUAGGCAACCAGAGAUGAAAAAGCGUCUUGAUUCAAGUUAUCAUAAUGAUCUUGCCGAAUAAAGGAACUCGCUGAAUAAAGGAACUGGGAAGGGGGAGAGUUGGUUAUGUAGGCAGGGAAAGCACAAGGAAUGGGGAGCAAAAUUAUUGUUGAGGUGAAUAUUCUGAUGUCCUUUAUUUGCUUAUUGUGAUUUAGCUAAUCGGUUGCUAAAGAAUUGAUGAUUCUGGAUGCUCUUGUUUGCCUUAUACAUUUCUUGUUUAAGGAACGGGAUGCCUCAGUUUUGGUAGUGCCAUUAAAGGCUUAUUAUUAUUUUUUUUUCCGGGCUGGGAGGGGGUUGUAUGAGAACCUUGUGCUAUUUAUUUAAUUUAAUACAUAUGAAUAUAUUUCUGCAA